GGUUAUCCAGAGUCAUGGCCCUUGUAGACGUCACUCUCCAAGAGUCUGUUCUAAUGAAACCUCCACUUCCUCAUCUGAAACAUCAUGAGAUUCCUUCACCUGCUUUGGGCCCUUCUUUUCUUCCUCUACCAAUCUGCACCAGCAACAGGAGACCUUUAUGAUACUCUGGAGUGUCGCAACUACCGAGGACGGUGCCGGAGGCAUUGUUUCUACAAUGAGGAACAAAUUGGCACUUGCACCGGUGGGCGACAACUGUGCUGCAAGUGAAGGACAGCAGCUGGAGAUGUGGAAGGCCCAGGGUGGUCAGAGAUCUAAAAGGAGAGCCCACAAAACAAGAGCAGAAGGAAGGAAGAAUAACAGAAUCAUGGAGUUGGAAGAGACCUCGUGGACCAUCUAGUCCAACCCAUUUCUGCCAAGAAGCAGGAAAACCGCAUUCAAAUAUGGGAAUAUGGGAAAUACAACUCAAAAUAGAACAUUGUCUUAGCACCUUCCCCCAUCAAAUAUACCCAUAGAUCCUUCCCUCUCCUUCUACCAAUGUGUUCUUUAGCAACUUAUUUGCAUUAGCAACUAUAGGAGGCUACACGGAGUUUUAAAAAAUGUAUCCCCAAAUGUCUCCAAACAUCCGCUAAGGCAGUGGUUCUCAAACAUUGGCUCUCCAGGUGUUUUGAACUUCAAUUCCCAGAAGCUUCAGUGUGCUUGGCCGACACUCAGGAAUUCUAUCAUUCAAACUCAAGCUGCUUUGGACCAAUCCAGAAAAGCUAUAGCAUAUGUAUAGUAAAUGCACUAAUGUUCUCACCCAGCAGGUGGCAACAUUCACCCAGUUUACAUUAUUCUAACUGAAAUAAAGCUUGGGAAAGUUUUCUUUUA